UCGCCGACCUCUUCAGCAGGGAUUCCCUCACCAGCCAAUCGCGUCUGAGCCACGGGACCGCCCGGAAUAAAGAUGGCCGGAGCGGCCUCGGUGAGGGCACAUUGAUCCAAACGCCAGGCGCACCCGCCGGGACUGCAAAGGCAGAGUGGCAACCGCGCGGUCGGGAGCAUGGAAGAGGGCAGCAGCGGCGGCGGCAGUGGUGGCAGCGACAGCAACGCCGGCGUGAGUGGCGGAGCGCAGCAGAGAGAGCUGGAACGCAUGGCUGAAGUCCUAGUUACCGGAGAGCAGCUCCGGCUGCGGCUCCAUGAAGAAAAGGUUAUUAAAGAUAGACGGCAUCAUCUCAAAACCUACCCAAACUGCUUUGUGGCGAAAGAGCUGAUCGACUGGCUCAUUGAACACAAGGAGGCCUCUGACCGAGAGACGGCAAUCAAACUCAUGCAGAAACUGGCUGACCGGGGCAUCAUUCAUCACGUGUGUGAUGAGCACAAGGAAUUCAAGGACGUGAAGCUCUUCUACCGCUUUAGAAAGGAUGACGGGACCUUCCCACUGGACAACGAGGUGAAGGCCUUCAUGAGAGGACAGAGGCUGUAUGAAAAACUGAUGAGCCCUGAAACUACACUCCUCCAGCCCAGGGAAGAGGAGGGCGUGAAGUAUGAGCGAACCUUCAUGGCAUCUGAAUUCCUGGACUGGCUGGUCCAGGAAGGUGAAGCCACAACAAGGAAAGAGGCGGAGCAGCUUAGCCACCGACUCAUGGACCACGGCAUCAUACAGCACGUGUCUAACAAGCACCCGUUUGUGGACAGCAACCUCCUCUACCAGUUCCGAAUGAACUUCCGUCGGAGGCGAAGACUGAUGGAGCUGCUCAAUGAGAAGUCCCCGUCCUCCCAGGAGACACACGACAGUCCCUUCUGUCUGAGGAAGCAGAGCCAUGACAAUCGGAAAUCUACCAGCUUUAUGUCAGUCAGCCCCAGCAAGGAGAUCAAGAUCGUGUCUGCCGUGAGGAGGAGCAGCAUGAGCAGCUGCGGCAGCAGUGGCUACUUCAGCAGCAGCCCGACCCUCAGCAGCAGCCCCCCUGUGCUCUGCAACCCCAAGUCUGUGCUGAAGAGACCUGUCACUUCUGAGGAACUCUUGACUCCCGGGGCUCCAUACGCAAGGAAGACAUUCACGAUUGUUGGUGAUGCAGUUGGCUGGGGCUUUGUGGUGCGAGGCAGUAAACCAUGCCACAUCCAGGCCGUGGACCCCAGUGGACCCGCAGCGGCUGCAGGGAUGAAGGUCUGUCAGUUUGUCGUCUCUGUCAAUGGCCUCAACGUGCUGAAUGUAGACUACCGCACUGUGAGCAACCUGAUUCUGACAGGCCCCAGGACAAUUGUCAUGGAAGUCAUGGAGGAGUUGGACUGCUGAGCAAGAAGACAUCCCUGCUUGUGCCCUGUCCGAGGAAAACACGACGGGGGCACGGCAAGACUGCCAGGCAAAUGGAUAAUUGGGAUGUUAACGAUCUUUUCUCUGACCAUAUACACCUUGACUUUCAUACAAUGUUUGAAUGUGUAAGAACCUGGUAACACACCUUUAAAAAACAAAACACAGCACAGCAGGGGCUUGGUGGCUCAAGUCUAUAAUCCCAGCAUUCAGGAGGGCAAGGCAGAAGUGCUGCAAGUUCAAGGCCAGCAUCAGCUAGCAGUCAGUGUGAGUGCCUGUCUCAAAACCACAUGAGGGAUUUUUUUAUACAAGUGCACACACCACACACACAAGCACACACCUGUACACCACACAUACACACACACACACACACACACACACACACACACACGCACACACACACUCGUGCGCACAACAGUUUAUAAUUCUCAAUGAUUGUUUUUCAUGUUCUUUGGAAGUUGUUGUAAAACCAAAUUAGCAACAUGGAAAAAAAUGCCAUUUUUAGAAGGUCAUAGAAUAGUUACUACAUAGUUUACGUCACAUCUACUCGGGCUCGUUCGGCAGGAAUAAGGAACUAGCACCUGCAAUCUGGGCUACUUAGGAUACUGAGGCAGGAGGCUGAUACAACUCAAGGAUCACUUGAGUGCCCAUGGUAAUGUCAGCCUGGGCAACAUAGUAAAACCCCACAUUAAUAAUAAUUUUAAAAAAAGGUUUUUUGGGUUUUGGGUUUGUUUUUUUUUGUUUUUUUUUUUUUUUUUUUUUUUUUUUUGUCUUUUUACCAAAAUUAGCCUGAAUCUGUUAGGUAGGUCUAGAUUUCACCCAGCUUAAAACAUAAGCAGUGUUCCCAGAAAUGUGACCAGCUGACAUCAGUUUCCAAGGUCCUCAAGCAUUCGACAGCUCCGAAGCAGUCAUCACUAAGUAACUUUCUUCCUCUCUGUCUUAGGUUUUUGUUGUUGUUUAUUUGUUUUGAGACGGGGUGUUGCUAGGUAAACCCCAGCUAUUGACGUCUUAAUUUCUGCCUUUGUCACCAACUUUCAGUUUAACCUGUUUCAGUUGUGGCAUGAGGUGAAAAAUCAAACAGACCACUGUGCCCCGGGCGAUGGGGGUGGAUUAGGGAUGCCACCACCGCCCGUCUGCCCUCUUUGCUCUCACUGGCCCUGCAUGGUUUUGCCUUACGAGUCAGCUGCAGUAGCUCCCUGGUGUUCAUUUGAAAUAUACUGAUUGUGACAGCAAAGAGUCAGAGUCAAACCUCUGGCAAGAUUGCACUUGGCAAGCGUCCACAUUUGAGGGACUUUCGACAAAACUUGAAGCUCCAAAUGCCUUCUUAGCCUGGAUUUUUACAAGCCUUCUCAUGUCUUGGGAUGGGAUGCUCAUUUGGGGAUCUGCUUGCCCCACUACAAGCUCCAUCUUGGUUUAGAUUUCUUCAUCUCACUUAUGAAUGCUUCCUUGAUCUAAAACAGAGUUCCUUAGAACCAGAUGUGGUCACAUGUUCCUGUAAUCCCAGCACCCAGAAAGUGGAGACAGAAAGAUCAGGUGUUCAAAGGGGACCUGAGCUACAGGAGACCCUGUGUCAAAACAAAACAAAACAAGCAAAACAAAACAAGCAAAACAAAAUAAAAAAUGGGAACAGAGGAGUGCAUUUGGGGUAUUGGUGUGUAGAGGAUACUCCUCAAAGUGCCAAAUGAGAACCAAUUUACAUAACGAAUGUUGAACAGAGAGGCUACUUCUAGUUAAACAUUAACAAAAUGUUAAUGCCAAAGUGUUAUGCCUGAGGUAUUUAUUAAGGAGUAGUGAUCAUCAUGUAUUGGUAUUAGUGGGAUGGAUUUUAUUAACAUAUUCAUCCAACUUUUCUAGCAUUAGUAAGAAAACAGGAUUUUGAAGUACCAUGGGAUGGCUGAUAGUACUGUUGUCCAUCUUUAUUUGAGAGAUUCUCUCCACGUGAGUGUGUUUAUAUUGCUGUAGCAUUUAUUGGCCGUGUUCUCCUUUGCUCCUCACACCCUUUUAAGAUAGAUAUUAUUAGCUUCGUUUUUUCAGGUGGGGAGACUAAGUCUGAGCGAAUUCAAUAUUUUUAAGUUGAAGCACCUGCUGUAACUACCAUGUACUACAGCCCAUUUCUACAGUGCUCAAACCCCCUGCCUGUCUGCCCAGACUUCCUAUUGAGAAGCUUCACAUCCAGCCUUUGUACCGGGCUGUGCUAAGCCCUAUGGUUACUCUGUUGUUCUUGUUUUAUUGAGAGGCAAGGACCACCGCCAUCACCACCCAUCUUACACAUGACGAACCCUGUUCAUAGGUGGGUUGGUUCGUCACAUGCUCAAAGCAGCCCAGCUCAGUAGGAGGAGGUCUUACCACGUGGCUUUAAUUCCUGUCUGUUUUGUUAGUUGGUUUGUUUUGAGACGGUGUCAAGCUCCUGAUUCUGCACUUCCUAUGUGGGAUUACAGGCGCACAGCCCCACACUUGGAUAGGAUGACACCUUAGAAGAGGAAUCUCAGCUAGUGUCUGCCUUUGAUGUUCCUUGGCUGACAAGAGAGCAGGUGUGCCCAUAGGCACUGCAUCCUUCUUGCUGCUGGCCUCCUAAGGCCCUUUGCCUUGAACCCCUAUCCUAUCAUUUCCCUUUAGCCAAACUACACUGCAGAAGCUGCUCUCUGUCAGGGGGAAGGAAAGUGCAGUUUGGCUCUUCUCUUAGGUUCUCCUUUUCCUCAGUUUAAAGGCCAAGUACCAAAGAGAACAUUUGUUUAAGACAGGGUGUUGGUGGUCAUGGUAUACACCUUUAAUCCCAGCACUCUGGAGGCAGAGGCAGGCAGAAGCAGAUCUCUGUGAAUUUGAGGCCAGCCUGGUCUACAGAGCUUAUUUUAGGACACCCAGGGCUACACAAAGAAAUCCUAUCUCAAAAAGCCAAAAAAAGUUAUUGCUAUGUAGCAUAGGGUGUCCUCAAACUCACACUAAUCUUCCUGCCUUGGGAAUUUCUCUCUCUCUCUCUCUCUCUCUCUCUCUCUCUCUCUCUCUCUCUCAUACCCACAUGUAAACACAGCUUCAUAAGAUAAUUAAUUAAUCAAUACUCCAAUGGCCCCUAGGACCCUGUCGGACUCAUUCAGUUUUUGCGUAUGUGGUAUCUUAUUUCUAGAAUAUUGCUUCUCCCUCUUUGCCCCCCAAAAUUAUUCUUAUUAGCUCCUUUGGGUGUCAUCUUAGAGAAAUCUUUGCCAUGUUCCCAAAGAUGUUCCUAUUUUGAAUUCUCCAAGUUCCUACAGACAGAGAAAUCCUGUCCCAACCUCUCUUAGAGCACAAUGAUCUUUAGAAUGUCCUUGCUUGGUCACGUGUCUGCUUCCCUCAGACCCUCAGCAUCUGCAGGACAGGGACUGUGUCUUGUUACCCAAAGUUUACCCUUUACCUGUUCAAAGCCAGAAUAGUACAUUAGCUACGUAACUGUUGUCUGAUGUACUAUUAUACAAAUUAUAUCACACAAUAAUACCUUUUAUUGGCUCACAAUGCUAUGGGCUUCGAGCAUUUGGCUGAUGUGACCAACCACUGCUCCAAAGGUGCCAGUAGGUCUACACACACACUGGUAUUCAGUGAGCAAGUUGGUUGAGGCCUUUUGUUCUUGGAAGCUGCUGUCAUUUGAUUCUUGAAUGUCUUGUCUCCCAAAGUGCCAUGUGUUAAUAAGUUCUUUUCUCUUGGGUGGCAACACGGGGACAUGGUAGAACCAGCCACGCAUCCCAGCACUGGAGGGGGAGGGGAGGGUGGAGGCAGGAAGAUCAGGACUUGACUGACAGCCUUGGUAACAGAGCUAGUCUGAAGCCAGCUGGGCCACAUGAGCUACCAUCUGUCUCAAAGACAGACAGUGGUAGGACCUGGUGAGAGAACCACAGGUAACGGGGUUUGCCCCUUGUGGGGUUGUGGGACCCCAGUUUUGUUUCAUCGUUUAUUUCUUGGCCAUGAGACAAGCAGUUUGGUCCCAUGUGAUGUCCUAACUUACCAUAUGCCUCGCUAGUGAGUUAGUAACGAAUGGGGCCAAUCAGUUAUGGACUAAAUCUCAAAAUCUGUGAGCCAAAAUAGCCCUUUUCUCUUUAUCAGGUUAUCAUCACAGGUAUCUUGUUAUAGAGGUAGAAAUCUGUCUUAACACCAGAGGCCCUUGUGCAUACCCCUGCAAGCCACAGCCCCCGGUCAUAUAGCCACAAACAAUCUGGAGAUGACAGCCCACAACCUUCUCUCCUGUGGCUCAGAAACUGAACGCUUUGACUUUCCAUUCAGAAACCUAGCUCUAAGCUGUAGAGAUAGCACAGUGGCCAGGAGCCUAGGCUGUUCUUCCAGAGGACCCGAGUUUGCUUCCUAGAAUUCCAUAAUAGCUCACAGCUGUCCGUCCGAUGCUCUAGUUACACGGGAUCUGACACUCUUCUGACCUUGGGCACCAGGCUUGCGCGUGGUACAUGCGUAGUACAAUUAAAAUCAAUAGAUAGGCCGUGCGGUGGUGGCGCACGCCUGUAAUCCCAGCACUCUGGGAGGCAGAGGCAGGUGGAUUUCUGAGUUCAAGGCCAGCCUGGUCUACAGAGUGAGUUCCAGGACAGCCAGGGCUACACAGAGAAACCCUGUCUCGAAAAAUCCAAAUCUAAAAUCAAAAAAAAAAAAAAAAGAAUAAA